GAACACUGCAAAAUUUCAGAUUUUGCAGAUUGAGAUUUUGAAUGUGUUGACCGGGAGGCUGAGGUUGGCGCAGGCGCAGCUGCCCCCUCUUCUCCGUUUGUUCUCCGACUCCGGCAGCAACCGUUCUUCGUCUCCGGCGGAUAUCACGAUGUCUAGAGAGAUUGUUCAUCCAGGACCUAUUGACGAUUCCCUAUUAAGGCUUCAACCAUUCCAUAUAUCUGAGCACAUAUGGAAUGGAGCUAAAAACAGGGUUGUGAAGGUUAGGAGAGCAACACAAUCAGAGUUGCGUGAGGUUGAGAUUCCAGAUGCUAUUCGGGAUCUUCUAGAGAGGGCUGGGUUUAUGGGGGUGGCCCAAAUCAGUUACUUUCCUGUGGACAAUCAUUUAAUUUCUGCCUUAGUUGAGCGAUGGAGACCAGAGACCCACACGUUUCACAUGCCCUUCGGCGAGUGUACUAUAACGUUGGAGGAUGUUGCAAUGUUACUCGGGUUGAAGAUCUCUGGGGCGCCCAUUACUGGAUACGCAACUAUGGAUUGGGCAGCUCUUGUGCAACGCCUUCUUGGCAUGACACCGCCUGAGUCAGUGCUUGUUGGUGGUCGAUUGAGGAUGAGUUGGAUUGACCGACACUUCUCUGAUGUAUCUGAGCAUGUACAUAGUCAGGAGCAGUUGGAACGCUAUACUAGAGCGUUUAUUUUACGGAUGAUCGGGGGAUAUCUAUUAACUGAUCACUCUAGCUCAUUUGUAUCCCUUAGAUACCUGGCUUUGCUAGAAGACUUAGAUGCUUGUGGUCAUAUGAGUUGGGGCUCAUGUGUGUUGGCAAAUAUGUAUAGGGAAUUAUGCGUGUGCACCAAUUAUGAUCACAAGGAAAUUGGUGGUUCAGCUAUUCUGGUGCAGUUAUGGGCAUGGUAUCGAUUACCUGUUCUUGCACCACCUCAUCCACCUUUAUCUACAUUCCAUGUUCCUCUAGGGGCAAGGUGGAAUAGAGCCUUGCAUAAACCUAAAGAGGAAAAGAAAGAUAAAAUUGUGAAGUAUAGAAAAUAUUUUGACCGUUUGAAGAGAGGGGAUUUUGUAUGGCAGCCAUAUUUGGAGUUACUACCUACAUUACCUCCUUACUGUUUUGAGGACUCACAAGUAUGGAGGUCCACUGUCCCCUUGAUUAAUUUCCACAUCGUUGAGUAUCAUUAUGCAGAUCGUGUAAUGCGACAAUUUGGGAUGGUCCAGCACAUUCCUGCACCUCCUAUUCAUUCGGAGAAAUUGCAUGAUCUUUCGUUGCGAGGCAAGGAUAACAUGGACUGGUCACGCAUGCACGUUCAAUUUGUGCAGGAGUGGCAAUCACGAUUUCAUCGUGUAUGGACACAAGCUGCGUGUGAUACACCACACUUGAGUAAUAACUCAGAAUACAUGGUGUGGUAUAGGAAACAUACUAAACGAUGGAUUUCUCCUUCUAGUGCAAAGAAAGGAUAUGUGACCGAUGUUUUGGAGCACAUGUAUCAUGGCACUAGUGAAAAACAUCGACAUUCCUUUGAUUUUACGGCGAUGCAUGAGAGCAUCGGUCAUUGUUUGCAGCUGCAGGACGAGGUGAGUAGGGUGAGUUUCCCUUCUACACCAGCUCCACCUGCAACAUUAGUAAAAGCAGACCCAGUUGAAGUGGAGUACAUUGGGGCAGGUCGACGAGAAGGAAGGGGGCUAAGUCGUCGACGAAGGCGAGUUGAACACCAAGAUUUACAAAUGCCAGUUCCUCCGACUGAGCCACCAGCAGGAACAUAUUAUCUGACGACAUUAACUCCGUAUGGAGAUAUCACACAGUAUGUGUAUGGUAGUGCACAAGACAUCUCUGCUUGUGAGACGAGUGGUUCAAAAAGCGCCUAGGGGGGUGUAACUUACACAUACCACAAAUCCCCUCCCCUCCAUGCGCCUACUGUGGGCACAAAACAUAUCCCUCCCCCAUGUGCUUUAUAUUCACUAUUUUGUCACUUUAUAAUACUCCUAUCCCCUGCGUAAUUUAUACACCUUGCCACGUUGCCAUUUUCACCUAGAAUGGUAAAUAGUUAUUAUUAUUAUUUUUUAUUUUGUGUAUUUUUAUUAAUUUAUUAUUUAUUCCCGUCAAAAAGCCGUGUUAAGAUUCGUUUUAACAUUAUCGUACGACA